GGCGUGGAAAAGGUUAUGGAGGGAGCGAGUCAGGUGUCACGACGUCACACAGAGGCUCCAAAAAUGAGCAAAGUUUCGAAGCUUUUCUCCAGCUCCUCCAAGUCCAAACACCACCGGUCGAAGGGGGGCCCGUCUGCCCAGGAGGCCAUACACAGACUCCGGGAAACGGAAGAGAUGCUGACGAAGAAACAAGAGUACCUGGAGAAAAAGAUUGAACAAGAAAUUGCGACGGCAAAGAAGCAUGGCACCAAAAACAAGAGAGCUGCACUGCAGGCCCUGAAGAGGAAGAAGCGUUUGGAGCAGCAGCUCGCUCAGAUUGAUGGCACUUUAUCCACCAUCGAGUUUCAGAGGGAAGCUCUGGAGAACUCGCACACCAACACUGAAGUCCUGAAGAAUAUGGGCUUUGCUGCCAAGGCCAUGAAGCAGGUCCACCAGAACAUGGACCUUGACAAAAUCGAUGAUCUGAUGCAGGAUAUCACAGAGCAACAGGAAGUGGCCCAGGAGAUAAGUGAAGCUAUCUCCAGACCUUUUGGGGACACAUUUGAUGAGGAUGAGCUUCUGGCAGAGCUGGAGGAGCUGGAGCAGCAAGAGUUGGAGGACAGUAUGAAAAACAUGGGGGGGCUGCCCAACGUUCCCAACUCCAAACUGCCUGCCCGGCCUGGUCCCCGUCCAACGACCAAGAAAAGGGUUGAAGAUGACGACGACAUGCAUAUGCUGGCGUCAUGGGCGACCUAAGGACUUAAAAGCAACUCUUCGUUUACAGAGGAGUACUGAAGACUAUGAACAAGGAGUUAUCCUUGUAUUUUCCAUACUAGCUAAUUUUUAAGGGAAAAUUGGAGCAUCAUGUACCUUUUUAAAUGAGAUUUACAUUUUUAGGAUGCUUUUCUUUAGUAUGAAGGAAUAAUUGGGAAACACUCAAUAUAAGAUCUGUAGAUACAUUUUUGUUUUUAUUUUACCUCAAUCGUCUAAUAAACUAAAAUAUUGAUUCUGAAGAAUUUAGAUGUCUAACAAGAAUAGGAUUUGCGCUGCCACUUCAUAGAGUAGAGUUUCUUUUAUGUAUUUUAUGUAACUAAGUAGUUUAUGUGUAUCAAUGUCAUUAACAAUUUAACCUCUGUUGUACAAUAAAAUUGUCCUCUUUA